UUGCUCUCAGUUGCCUAUCGCUGUAAUUGGAGAAACAGCGCAUGGCGGCCGUACCACAUCAUCAUCUGCUAUAUGAAUUCGCCAAGGCCGCACUCAUCAAAAUAUUCGCCUUUCCUUAUGCCACGGUAUGCGACAUGUACUGCAACGGUGGAGCUGAUGCAGAAAAGUGGGGUGACGCCCAAAUUGGUCGCUACAUAGGAAUCGAUGCUUCUGCACCGGCUGUCAGUGAUGCUGUGCGUGAACUAUGGGAGAACAAAUGGAAGCAUUUUACCACCGAGUUCAUUUUGUUGAACCCUUCUGCUGAGGACUUUGAAACUCAGUUGCAUGAAAAAGGCAUCCAAGCGGAUAUAGUUUGCUGCAUGCAGAAUUUACAGUUAUGCUUUGAAACUGAGGAGCACGCAAAGAGGCUUCUCAAUAACGUAUCAUCAUUGCUCAAACCUGGAGGCUAUUUCCUUGGCAUAAUUCCUGAUUCAUCCACAAUAUGGACAAAAUAUCAAAAGAACGUUGAGGCUUCACAUAAUAAGGGUCUCAAAACUGUUCCAAAUAGCAUCCGCUCCGAGAACUACACAAUUACCUUCGAAAUCGAGGAAGAAAAGUUUCCUUUCUUUGGAAAGAAGUACCAACUCAAAUUUGCAAAUGAAGCGAUGUUUGAGAAUCAUUGCUUGGUCCACUUUCCCAGCCUUAUGAGAUUAGCAAGGGAGGUUGGACUUGAAUAUGUGGAGAUCCAGAAUUUGACUGAGUUCUAUGAUGACAACAGAACACAGUUUGCUCCAAUGCUUGGUAAUUGUGGUGCCAAUUUGGUGGAUCCUCGUGGAAAGCUGGUUGCUCGCUCCUACGAUAUUUUAGGCUUGUAUUCUACUUUUGUAUUCCAGAAGCCUGACCCAGAUGCAAUACCACCUAUUGUAACACCUGACUUGAAUGAUGCUGAUGACGCUCAUGAAGAGGAACGGCUCUGGAGGCAGCAGGCAGCAGUGGAUGAUGGGAGGCGCUCACAGGCAGAUGUCAUUCCUCUUGAUCCUGAUCAGAAAGGCAUCCUGGGUCCGGGACCUGCAGAUUUGAGACUUUAGUUUGCCAGAAAUUCAGUUGUAAAUGUGAACUUGCAGUGAUGAUGCGCCCUCAGUCGGUGGUGCAUUGUAGUACUCUGUUUAUGUUGUAACUUCUCCUGGUUUACUAGGUUGA